AUGCAGCGUGAACAAACAAUCGGAAAUUCGUCUGCAGAAUGUCGAACAGACGAGGAGUUUUCUGGACAGUACAGUACUGAGUCUAAAGUACAAUUAUCACAGUCACAACCACCAUUGCCAUUGCCAUUGCCAAGAGAAUCGCAGAGAACACCAACACCACCGCCAAGAUCAGAAACACCGACACCGACACCGCCACCAUCACCACCAUUGUCAAUAUCAAAACAAUCUGAACUAUCGAAAUCAGUACAGACUAUGACAUCAUCGACAACAGCUUUUAAAACUCCAGCAUUACUAAUACUGCCUGAAACAGAUAUACAAAAGUCGGGAGAAUAA